AUGUCCAACCGUCCCAAUGCCGGCCCCAACCUCACCUCCUCCGAGAAAAAGCGUCUCCGGGACCGAAAAGCGCAGAAGACACUGAGAGAGAAACGCGACGCACAUGUGAAAUCCCUGGAAGACCGGGUUGCGUUUUGUGAGCGGCACCAUGGACAUUCGCCCGCACCUGCGUAUGGGAAUGGGACGCAGCAGUUACUUGCGACGGUGGAGAACUUGAGGAGGGAGAAUGAGCGGUUGCGCGUGCGGCAGGAGGGGUUGAGGGGGAUAGUUGCGGAGUGGGAGGUUGAGGAUGCUGCGCAGGGUAAACAUCAUGACACCGGAUUGGCGCUGAACGGGCAGAGUGGGAGUAAUGAUACCAUAACGUCGUUUGGAUACACCAUGGCUUCAGAUCCAGCAUCCGCAACUGCCUCUCCAUCGACCUCCCCUCUCGCGUCAACUGGCCAUGACCGAUACACGACCGAUACCAAAACACCCACAUCUACACCCCUCCAAAGCGCCGAACCCAUCCCCCCAGACUUCGCCUGGUCCAAAACCCCCAUAAACGAAUACGGCCACAACCUCUUCUACUUCCCCGCAACCUGCCCCUGGCUCUCCAACCCGCACCUCAUCGCCCCCUGUCCCCCCUACCCAUCACCAUUAGACCUCCUCCACGGCACCCGCCGGAACUAUCUCGCGGGCCAAAUCCACCAACUCAUCCGGCGGCGCGCGUUUCGGGAUUCUGAAUGUUUGGCGUUGGGUUGGUUGGCGUAUUUGUUUAGUAAAUGGCGCGCGACGCCGAGUCCGGAGACUUUUGCUAGGCUUGCGCCGUUUCAGAGGCCUGUCGCGAUACAGUUACAAAAGGGCCAUCCAGCAUCGCUGGAUUUAAUGCCGUGGCCACAACUCCGCACCAAUUUAAUAAAGAACUGGACGAAGUUCGAUUUUGUGGAAUUCGCGGGGUACGCGUCGUGCUGUAUCAAGGUGCGGUGGCCGUGGGGCGAGGAUGUACUUGAGAGGGACGAGGAGGAUAGGUUUCAGGUAAGACGGGAGUUUAUGGAGGUGUUUACGAGGGAGAGUGGGUGGGGGUUGACGACGGAGUUUAUUCAGAGGUAUCCGGAGUUUGUGGAGGGGAUGGAUGUUGAGAAUGUGAGGUUUCGGUUUGAGUUGCCGGAUUUGGAGACGUUGUCUUUUCGGAAGAGUGAGCUUUGA